AUGCGUUACUCACAGGUCCCGUUUUUGGUCGCUUCUCUGAUCGGACUUGCGCAAGGCCUUGUCCUGCCCGAUGCAGCCAAGGGUCUAAGCUCUGUGGUGAAAGCCCGCGAUGCCUCCACUGAGUUUGGAGAUGUCGUUGCUCGCGCGCUCACCUGUAGCGGCACGACCCAGUGCACCACUUGCCCAGGCCCUAACGUGAAGAGUGGCAAGUGCCCUGUCGGCGCCAACUGCAAACGCUCUAUUGAUGAGGAUGGGGAACCCCAUGUCAGCAGUCUGGAGGCACGCGUCAAGAUCCCAUUCGAUAGAAUCAAGUCGGGCAACUGGGGACCUGGCAAGGUGAUCGAGACCGCCGGCUUGUCAUUCUGCUCCGUCAUGGCCGUCUACGACCAGGGCAAGUGGAUCAUGGCGCACAUCCCUCCUGCCCGCGAAGAGAAUGGGCAGCUCAUCAACACUGGGGAGGAUGUCAUUGAUGGCUUCAAGGAGGCUAUGACGAGCAAGUACAAUGAUGCCAACAUGCAAGGGCCCCAGGGCUAUCUCCUUGUCAACACCGUAUUGGAUCCCGAUCUGUUGCGGUCAAUGCAGUCGUGGUUCCAGCAGCGCAACAUUCCUACAGUGGUCCAGCCGUACACCAGGGAACAGACAAUCGCGGGUAGUGGCAACUUCGUCAUCUCGCGUGAGGCUGUAGCUUGGCCUCCUAUCGUCACCUUCAUUUAA